AUGGCGGACGCCCUGUGUGGUCCGUCGAACCCGCUCCAGAACCUUCAGAAACAUACACAGGUCGAUCGCACCCUUCAGCAAGACCGCUUAGUCGGUGCGCGACAACAGUUCAAUCAGAGUUUCCGCACAGCAGACCCCCGCGCUGGUUCGCUUGAUGCUGACUUUCACGCUUUCGAAAAUGGCAUCCCAAACCAAUUCCAAUUCCAGCAGCCUCCUGAAUUCGCCAAUGCCUUUCCUACUUUCCGCCCGACGAAUCAGCCUAACCUGAACAUGAAUGGUUGGGCAUCAGAAUUUCAGAAAUUGAGUAUGCAUGAACAACCAGUGCCUGCGCAACAGUUCCGUCAGGAGGCUCCCUUGGUCAGAUCUAUGGCAGGAGAAUGGCAUACCGAGUUCAUGCGCCAGCGGUCGAGUGCAAGCACACCAAUUUCUCAGGGAAAGCAAGCAGUACAACAACCACAGAUGAACAAUUUCCAGAUGGCGUCACCUAUGUCCAUGGGUGGGCUCUCGCAACCAACGUACGGACAAUUUAAUGGAAUGUAUCAAGGCGCAGCGUUCCAACAGCACUAUCAACCUCCAAUGGCGACAAUGGAGCAGCAACCGCAACAAACCAAUGCGGCCAUGGAAGCUGCAUUCGCCGACGCGUUCUCUCAACUCGAAAAGCUAGAUCAGGAGGAGAAAUUGAAAGUCACCGCGGCCGAAACCCCAGCCCUCCAGCAACAAGAAGAUUUGAUUGUGCCGGUGGAGAGCUCUAAAAUCGGCGCAGAUUCUAUUCAGUACCGAGAAUGGAAGGAUCGGUCUGUGGAUCAGGAUACGCGUGAUGCGGAUGAACUGGCCCGAACGGCCGGGCAACUCUUGACCUCAGUGCAACACGACACCAGUGACAAGUUCCAAAACUCGAAUUUCCUCGAAUUAAUGCGCCGCAUCCGUGACCGUGAAGUGGAAGUGCAGAACAACGACCUGAUGAACGUCUCUACGGGCGAAGCCGCUGCAGUCCACAAUGGCGACACCGAACCAAACGGACUCUUCGUGAAUGGGACCUUCACAUCGUCUCAAAUUCCAGGGAGUUCUCAGCAACAGCACGCUUCCAACGAUAAUGCAGCACAAAACAACGCUUCCUCAUCACACUUCGCGUUCCCGGACAUGGACGUCGUGUAUGCUCCCGCUGCCGACGAUCUAGAAGCAUCCACGGAAGAACGACAGCAACAACAACCACCGGCGUAUUGGGCCACUGGCCAACAACACACUCACGCACCAUACACGACAUACAGUUUCGACGAGGACCAGCAGCAGCAGCAGCCUCUCCAUCCAGGUGGCAAAUACUACCCCGACCAGAGCCCGAGUCUUCCACGCGCGACGCCGGAGAUGAGUGGUGGGAUCAGCGCGAGUGACUUCGAUUAUGUCGAUGAGAGCGGCAAUCUCGCCAGGCGCUUUCGAUAG